AUGGCUGAGGCAGGGCCGAGCAGCUGUGAUGGCGAGCCCAUCGAGCUUGGCAUGCUCGGUCUUCGCAUCGCCUCCAUAUUCAUCAUUCUUGUCGCAUCCCUUUUCGGCGCAGUCACCCCCAUCCUCAUGGCUCGUCAGACCAAGGUGCGCGUUCCGAGCUUCACCUUCUUCAUUUGCAAGUACGUCGGUACCGGCGUCAUCGUUGCCACCGCCUGGAUGCAUCUUUUGGAUCCAGCAAUCAAACAGCUCGGGGACGCCUGCGUUCAGGAGAGAUGGCUUGGCUCCUACCCCUGGCCCCUGUGCAUUGCUCUCAUGACCAUCAUGGUCAUGUUCUUCGUCGAGCUCAUGGUGGCCCGUUUCCACAAUGAUGACGACGACGCCCACAGCCAAACGACUGGCUCCGACUCUGGCUCCGACCUCAACGAGGUCAUGGCUACCAAGAGAACGAGGGCGCAAAGGGCCAGAAAUGCCCAAUCUGAGCCCGACGUGGAGAAUCAACGGUCUCUCGGGGGCGCCGAUUCGACCACAUUCCCAGGACGCCCCGACGAUGUCAGCUACCCCCCGGCCGGCGAGGUUCAUCUUGCGCGUCGCCACAGUCGCACAGAAACGGCCUCGCACGGCGCGUUGACCGGCCAGCUCACGGCCAUCUUCAUUCUCGAAUUCGGUGUCAUUUUUCACAGUGUCUUCAUUGGACUCGCACUUGGUACCACCGGGACGGAUGAGUUGAGGAUCCUGCUCGUGGUUCUCGUCGUCCAUCAAACGUUUGAGGGUCUUGGUCUAGGAUCCCGACUUGCCGUCGCCAAAUGGCCCGAGGACAAACAGUGGCUGCCGUAUGUCCUGGCCCUGGGAUUCGCCCUCUCUACGCCCGUGGGUGUUGCGGCCGGCGUGGGCGCGAAACCCACCAACGCGGCCAUCCAGAAGCUCGUCAACGGCAUCUUUGACUCCAUUUCCACCGGGAUCCUCAUGUACACGGGACUGGUCGAGCUCUUGGCCCAUGAGUUCAUGUUCAACCCUCACAUGCGCCGCGCGUCGCUGAAGAUUCAAUUGUUAGCGUUUGGAUGUGUCACCUUUGGUGUCAUCGUCAUGGCAUUGUUAGCCAAAUGGGCCUAG